UCUUUUGCUGUGUGUGUCUGAAGCUGCUGUUGAGUUUAUAUUGUUUAAAUAUAUCUGUGUUGUUGCCAUGCAGCUUAAUAAUGUUAUUAAUAAUAUUUGUUGAUCCCGCCACGGUGUCCGGUCAUUUUAGUUGUUGGAUCCAAACAAAUGUGCAUAAACUGAUCCUGUACACAUGUGGCCAAAUGGCACUCAGAGACAAAAGACUCAGAGACCAUUCAGUCUUUCAAACAGAGGAUUUUGGCCUACAUGUAAGUUCCACAUCCCUUGCUCCUAACUCCUAAAUGAAGAAAGGAGAUAAGAAGGCCACAAAAUGGCUGAAUGACCACGAAUGAGUGGCCAAAAUGGUCAAACUCUAAAAACUACAACCUUGUAGUUCACACCUUUUCAGAGAUCUCUGGAUCCCCAUUCGCUUAACGGCCUCUGAACACAGCAUGCGGUCGGGCCUAUAAAACCUUCAGACCCACCUUUUUUCAUCAUCUUCCAUUGCAACCUGUUGCUGAAGGGAGUGCGCACAAGCGCUUGUGCUAAAACUUCUAUUUUCUGGAGAAAGUGGAUUUAAUUUCGGUGUCCAAAGAACAUCAGAGAUCCUAUGAAAAACGCACCAGUGUUUUUCAUAUCUGCAGGAGAGGACAAACAAAGAUUUUUCUUCUCAAAGUCGACAUCGCUCACCCUCCUUCUGCCCUUUUUUGGAGGGAAAGUUUCUCCGUGGCGGCUGACAAGCGACAUGGACCGGUUCUGUUCUUUCGUGGAAACCUAUGGACUGAUGGACUACAUACACUUCUUUUCAGAUCAGUUCAGAAGUGAUGCUCUCUGGUGACAGCGGUGAUGUCAUUCUCAUAUUCAUCAUCCAAUCCCUCCUCAGCCUGGGUGGGCAAGGUCAUCACCAUGGCAACAGCCUCUCUGACUGUGAGUCCCAGCAGAUCUCAGAUGUUUAGAGGACAGUCUGUCUCUCUGAGCUGUGAGGAGGACGACAGCUCUGCUGGAUGGACUCUGAGGAGGAACACAACCGGAGACACCGGGACCAGGAAGUGUGUCGACUGGGGAGGAAAACCUGCUGGUUCUUCCUGUAAAAUCAGCUACAUGGUCCCAGGGGACAGUGGAGUUUACUGGUGUGAGUCCAGAGAGGGAGCAACCAGUAACAGCAUCAACAUCACUGUCACUGGUGGACCAGUGAUCCUGCAGAGUCCUGUCCUCCCUGUGAUGGAGGGAGAAGACCUCACUCUGACCUGUAAAACGAAGAGGUCCUCCAACCUCCCAGCUGGUUUCUAUAAAGAUGGCUCCUUCAUCAGGACUGAGCCUGCAGGUCACAUGACCAUCCACCAUGUUUCCAGGUCUGAUGAAGGCCUCUACAAGUGCAACAUCAGCAGUGUUGGAGAGUCUCCACCCAGCUGGGUCUCUGUCACAGUUCUGACCUCACUGCUGAGCAGCACAACAAACCAAGAGAAACCAAAGACAACAAGAGCUUCUUUGAGCUCUCUGCCACGCUACCUCCUUGUGUCCAGACUGGUCUACCACCUGGUGGUGUUCUGUCCGUACUGCAUCUCCACUUUCAUCAUGGUGUGUUUAUAUCGACGCAGGACCACAGGGAAAUUCCUGCCUGUUGUCAUGGUAAUGACCCCGCCCACCCGUACUGAGGAGGGAAUGGAUGACGACUAUGAUGAUGUCAUGACUGCUGUCACCACCGAAUAUCAGUUCUGAACUGAUCUUAAAAAUAAGCUCAAAUGUAUAGAGUCCAUAAUGUCUCUGUACAUCAGAUACAUAUCGCCUCCUGAAUUCUAGCUGCCCAGCGACUCAGAUUCUCCACUGUUACAACAGGAAGCCCUUCAUGACCACCAGUCCCUAGGCCGUAUGCGAAAUGUAUUUUGCUCAGUCCCUGCCUAUUCCACUGUUCUUCAGUUUCCCAAAUAUUUACCUUCGAGUCCCCCCUUCGGACCCGUUCCGUCCACCCAGAUCCAGUUGGACUCUUGUAACUUUUGGAACGUUUGAAAUCCAUCCCUUUAAAGGUGCGGUAGGUAGGAUUGUGAAGAUCCAGGACUUAGUCAAAAAAUGUAACAUCAAACACUUCUCCGUCCCUCCCCUCUUUCCACUAAAGCCCCAAACUUUCUCCUAAGCCCCUCCCACCACAAGGGAGAAUGAAUGCGUGUGUAUGAGCAGUGAUUGACACGCAGUUAGACACCCCCCCCCCUGGCCCUGAUUGGUGCAUCUAAACAGGGAGUGGUGGCU